AUGAUAUGUGAACAAACACCAAUUACUUCUACAUUUAACGAGCCUAAUCCCGACAUACCCGCUAUUUUUGAAGUUCAAACUACUCCGAUACCAAAACCUACGACCUCCAAACAACAAAAUUUAUCUGAAAUUGCGACAGCUAGACCAGAAGAUACACCAGAUAUUAUUAAUUUCUUAGAACCAAAAUCUUACUUUUUAACACCUGUUCCAAAAGUUCCAAAGAAAAAGUUGAAGACAAACCCUCAUGAUAAUUUGGAGAAUUGCUCCAAAAGAUAA